CUCAUACGUUCCUGCCCCUGGAUAGUGGGAAAGAAACCAAAUUCUAGCUGCAAUUCAUGGAACCUGUGACCAUUCACGAUAGAGAUGCCCAGAAGGGGCCCCUCGUCACGCCGAGGAGAUCGGGAAUUGGACUGUCAUCCGGUUUACGUCUGUAGAAAGCCAGAGAAUAAGUCCAAGACCCCAAUGCUGGUUUCUUAAAACAAUCAGCCGAUGCUGGGAUGUCCGUAGUCCACAUCCAUAAGGAAGCUUUUCCGAUCCAAGAAGGUUUUCUUGCGGACAUCUGCACUUGAGCGUUGCUGUCUGUGGACCUGCUCGGUUUCCUUCUUCAUCUUCCCUGCAUCAGAGACAGACCAAAUCGAACGCCCUUUGAUGAUCUUCGAGUGAGACGACACUCUCACCCCAAUGUCUGGCGACAAGGAACCAUCAGAGCAUGCGGCGUCGGGCUGACAGUCAUCCGCAACUUCUGCGCUGGCAGUCGAGUCCUACGAACCUAUCCACGGACGUAUAUGCCUCACCACCAGCAUUGCUGAGAUUUGAUGCGGGAACGCAAGGACAACCGCAAUACCAACCCGAACCGAUAUACGAAGAGUACGGUCACGCAGAGCAGUCACAGGCAGGAACUGGACGACGAAUCGCGAGACCAGCGACAGCAGCACAACUCCAGACGCAGGCGAUGUCAUUACAGGUUGGAGUUCGAGGAGGAAGUAUGAGAGGCGGAUUGAUGCACGAAGGUCAUGGACACCACCAUGGAUUCCGUGAACACCCACCACAUUCUACGGGAAUGGAUGCCGCUGCGAGUGGCGUAGGCGUUGGUGGUGGCUUGAGCAUGAGCAAUCCGUUGCCGAAUGUUCUGGGGCUGAGUGCGCUGAGCAGCCUAAACAGCCUAAACGCCAUGGCCCUGGGGGCCGUCGAUCACCGGUUGGGCGGCGGUGUAGAGCCCAUGGAUGGCAGGGGGGCCGCCCGUGGAGAGUCCUUUCUCGAGCGUCUUUCGAGGGUGUCAUCGCCCAGUCUCUCCGGUAGCAGCAGCUCCUCCAACUCGCCCAACCCCCCCGCCGCUGCCAACAUCCCCAACGCCCGUGCUGCCAACUCUAACACCACCACGGGCACAGGCAGCCUCAAUAUCAACGGCAACUUGCUGGCCUCGGCUUCAAUCAACGCAUGCAGCGCCCCGCCAGCAACGCCUACCAACCGUCUUGCGCACUCACACUCAUGCUCACACCCAUCACUUCCACAUGCACAUGUUCCUCAUCAGUCCACACCCUCUACUUCGGCUCAAUCCGCCGCCCAUGGCCAAGGUCAAACUCAAAGUCAAGCUUUAGCUCCAGCUCCCAAUCAAGGAGCAGCACAACCAGGAGCACAUGCACUGGCUUCUCAAGAGAGACGGCAUUCUUCUCUACUCCAUCGAAACAUCUAUCCCACUACCCCUUCAUCCUCCUUCUCCCCCUCCUUGUCCUCUCAAAAUGCUCCCUCCGCGAUGCGCAAGAAACGCCCGCUGGAAGACGCAGAGUAUGGCCCAGGUCCCGACUCGCAACGCCUAAAGUUGGACCCCUCCUCCCUCCACCACAACCCGGUCCUGCAACCCACCAACCCCCAGCGCCAACGCCCUCUCCCGCUCUCCACUUCCCCCAUCUCCGCUUCCCCCCUCACCCACCACGUCCGUUACGAAUCCGGUCCCACCUACGCCUCCGCCGCCCCCUCCGCCUACCCCUACGGGGAUCCCUCGCACGACCUCAAGUUCCCCUCCGCGUCCGACUUCCACGUUGAAUCGCGGUACCACGGCCAGUCGUCCGGAUCGGCGCACCACGCGAACGGCCCUCACGGUGCUGCCCCGCCGGCGCAUCCAGCGCAGCACCCGACCCCGCAACCGCAACAACCCUACUUCCAAGUGCCGCAAACCCCGGAUUCGACGACCUUGGAUGCCCAGGCACGCAUGGCACAUGGGAUCGCGUAUUCGUCCAAUGCGCACCUCUAUAGCGCCCUGCCAAAUGUAAACGUCGAUGUAAAUGCGGCCACCUUUGGGGGUUACCUGCCGCAGAGUGCAGGGACGGACUUGAGUGUGUCGGAUGUGUAUUCGCAGCCGCUGGUCGACGCGAGUGCGGUGAGUGAAGAUAGCCAGAGUUCAUGGGACUAUUACUCUCUGGACGCGAGUAUCCACCUGAAACUGCAGAGCUUGCCAAUUCUGGACAACCUGGCUACGCAAAUCCUGGGAACUUUUGCCAACAGCACGUUUCCCGAAGUCAUCUCGCUCAUCUCCGAGCCAGAGUCCGGCCGCGGGCAAGCUUACACGACGCUGUGCGCUCUAUUCGACCAGAAUCGCAAGCUGUACACGCGGGACCAGCCCUUCCUCGACGCGCGAGCGCUGCAUCUUGACCAGCAACCUGAUGCCGACAAGACGAUCAGGAAGGCCAAUUUCGCCUCCUUCAUCCUCAGCAUCUUCGGCCGGCAUGACAUCCCGUUCUCCCAACUGAACGAGUCCUUCCUGGAAAUCGUCGUGCCGCCCGGCCAGUACCUGCGGCGAUGGCAGUCUACAUUGCUCCUAGAACUAAAAACUCAGGGAUAUAUUGCCACAGCGCUGAGCCACGGCGCCCUAGCCCCGGAGCGGGACGAAGAGACGCUGGAAGAGUAUUUCCCGCGAACUAUGCAGGGGAUCAUCUUAUCCCGGCGGAAUCGAAGCGGCAUCGCGGCAAGCGCAUCAAAUACGACAACUAGCAAACGACUCGCGCCUACCGAAGAAGACCUGAUCCGCCGGCUCAACCAACGGCGACAGAAGGUACUCGAAGUCCAAGACGGCGUGGACGGGAUCAACAUGCUCUCCCACAACCACGACUGGACCGCGUUCCUCAAGCUCGCCGCGCGCACCGUCGCGAAGUUCCUCGCCUUCAGCGAUGCCACCGACUGGAGCCAGCGACCCAAGACCCCCGAUCUCGACGACGACUCCGAUGUCGUCGACGAGGACUCUCCUUCCGCUCCCAACCACGUCACCCGCGCCACCCUGGCCGCCCACGCCGCCAUCCACGGCCAACGCCACCCCUCCGAAGGCGUCGCCUCCUCCUCCCUCUACCCCUCCCACCUCUAUCGCAACUACGCCGACCUUCCCUCCUCCAGCGCCAGCGGCGGCUCGCUCCCCUCCACGCUCAACAGCUCGUCCUUCCCACCGACCUUCUCCCAUGCACACGCGCUGGGGCUUCCAUCGGACACGACGCCCUCUCAGCCGCCCGCCAUGCCCACCUCCCUCCUCUACACCCGCGCGCGCAGCCAAACCACUACGAAAGCCCCCCCGCGCUCCUCUCGCCCAGGCCUCCCCUCCCAACGCCGCCCCUGGGCGCUCGAAGAAGAGCACGCGCUGAUGGACGGGCUGGACCGCGUUAAGGGGCCGCACUGGAGUCAGAUCCUCGCACUGUACGGGGCAGGCGGCAGCAUCAGCGAGGUGCUGAAGGAGCGGAACCAGGUGCAGCUAAAGGACAAGGCGCGGAACCUAAAGUUGUUUUUCCUAAAGAGCGGGAUCGAGGUGCCAGUGUAUUUACAGGGGGUGACGGGGGAACUAUUGGUUGGGAAUCUAGGGGGGGGAUCUCCUUCAUGGCGGCCGUGGGACGGGCAAUGCGAGAUUUGCGGGCCACUUUUCUUAUCUUUCUGAUUUCAGGGGUUUUUACGAGCAUAAUAUUCUGCUUUCUCUAUCACGAUAAUAGUGAGCGUUCUCAACACUGGUCCGGACCACGUUGGGGACGCUCAUGUCAGUCAUGUUGAUGAUUUUCAACGACUUUCUUACACUCUUUCGC